UGGCAUAUUAUUAGAAACAAACAAAAAGGGGUAGUGGGUGCAAGGGCUGAUAAAUAAGGUCACAAAAGCACUCAUUUUUUUUUUCUUUAUGCUUUCUUAUCUGUACAGCGAAAUUGUCUCAGUGCUGUUAUAUGCGCAGUUAAUGCCCCUCAUUGGAUCUGAAGCUGAAGCGGUUCCCUAGGAAAGCCCAAAAGCUGCUUUCUGCUAACUUUCAAGUCUCAUAUAAUCCGAGCUUGGAUUCGGAAAUCUGAGAGAGCUACUUUUUUCUUUUUUUGGCUGUUUCUCAUAUCAGAAUCCUGCCAGAAAUAAUGGGUCGGUCCUGUUUUCUCAACAUCCUUCUUGUUUCAUCACUUCUGGUUCUGUGUUUCUCUCAUGGAUUCGGAAGAAAAGUGAUGGAGACUGUUGAGCAUGAAGAUUCCACUUUUCGAGUAGAGGAAAGUACUGUUGGAAAAUCGAGGAUGAUGAUAGAAGUGAUGGAUUAUUCGGAUCCCGGGCCAAACACUAAUCCGAGAAGUGGGUACAUUUUCAGCCCUCCUCCGCAAGUCUAAUUGAGGUUAUCAACCAAAGACUAAAGGGAUUGUCAUUUUCUUUUGUCUUUCUCAAGCCAAGCCAAGUUUAUGUAGAUGAGUAGGCAGCGUUGUUAAGAAGGUUGGAGUUGUUUAUGCUACUAAGAGAUGUUCUUUUUUUCAAUUGUAAUUAGUGAAUAGGUUGUAGUUGGUUGAAGCUUUGGAUUCUUCUUCUUCUUCUCCUUUGUCUUCAAGUGUGCAAUAAAACAGUAUGCUAAUGCUUGUUCUUACUGUUGUAUCCAAGCAAAGAGGAAUAGAAUAACACAUUUGCUCUUCAA